AUGAAUUCGACACAUCUCAACCUCUCCAUCUUCCCUCCCGAAUUGAUUCAGCUCAUUCUUACACAUUUACCUAUCAAAGACUUGAUGCGUACCGAACGAGUGUCGAAAAUGCUGCAAGCCUUUUGCCUCGCAGAAAUCAAGCGACGCAUUCGAUGCGAAAGUGAUGAAUGGGGCGUCUCGAUCCAUCUUACACAAACCAUGGCUAAAGCGACAGCAUUUGAUCCGAAAGAGAAAACCGUUACCUACAGUAUUCCGAUGGACCCUAUUCACAUCAACACCAUGUUCGAUCACCGUCGCCAAAUCCACUGCUCAUUGAUGCGCCGAGUUGCCAUGGAACCUAACUAUUUAAUGCGCGACGGAUUUACCCUCACCGUGGAAAAAGGCAUGACAGAAGGCAAAACCGUCCAACUCAAUAUCAAAGGUGCCUUGUGCGAAGUAGACGCAGCCAUCACGAGAUUGAAAUCAUCCGCUAUCCAGCAGAUCCAUGAUAAAAAGUCGCCAUUGUCACUGGCCCCUACACCUUUAACCUAUGCCUUGCAAGUCACGCAAAUGCGUCUACCGCUAUCCACCAUUGCCGUCUAA